AUGGCGCCUCAUCUCACCGAAGACGAGAUCGAUGAUCUCAUUUACUUCGCCCGUGCGGGCGAGAAUGAGGAUAUGACGGAGACGUUGAAAACUCUGGCGGAGCGGGAAAAGGUCACGCCCGCUGAGAUCCUCGUUGCGGCCCGUGACGAAGCCAAGUCCACGACGUUGCACAUGGCGACCGGCAACGGCCAUCUGGAAAUGGUGCGUCGGCUCCUCGAUGCGUUUGAGAGCCGACCAAAGGAGGAGAAGCAAUCCUUUCUGGACGAGCCGAAUGAGCAUGGCAACACUGGGCUUCACUGGGCGGCCCUUGGAGGACACCUCGAGACGGUCAAGCUUCUGAUGGAGCAUGGCGCUUCGCCGGCUUUGGCCAACGAGCGUAAUUACGUUCCCCUGGACCUCGCCAACUUCAACGACAAGCCCGAGAUCGUCCAGUACUUUUUGUCAUUUGCGGGAAUGUUGGAAGAAAGCAACCAGGAGAGUGGCUUGAAUGAUGCGGCGGCGUCUAUAGAGCUGGUGGAUGGCGACGAAAGCAAGAAGGACGGUCCAGGGUCAUCGGAAUCGACUGCAUGA